CUGCUUUAACAUCUGCUCACAUGUGUACGAGGCAAACUUCGAUUUGUGGUGUUACUUCUAAAUGCCUCCCCCCACAGUCAUGUUCGACAACGUACACACACAGUGGCACACAUCGGCAAAAAUAGUUGCCAUUUUCGAUCACCCGAUCAAAGUUCCUGGUGACUGCAGUGGAGAGACAUUUAAAAACACAUGUCUGGGGGGAAAGGUCCCUCUCUUCCUCUCCACUCUCUGCGCCUCAUGGUUCCACCAUUGCGGCUGGUCUCAGCAGCCAAGCCAUUUGGCGAACGGUCCAGCAGAGACAUGUGAUGGAUUAUGGGAUGCUGGAAGAGUUUGUUACCAUGGUCACAGAGAUGGUUCCAGAGCUUCUGAACCUCAGACAGAGGGCCCAACUUAUUCUGGGUCUUCGAGCACGGCUGGUCCUGGAGUUGUGUUGCUCCAAGCCCAUCACAGACCUCCAGACCAUUCAGCCACACCUGGACAGGAUACAGACCCUCACACCUUUCUGGGGGACACAGACUGAUGAUGGAGAUUUAUCAGACUCCAACUUUCUGGAUCUGAUUCAAACCCUGCUAAAAGACCCAGAUGAGAUGGAACACUUCUUUCAGGAUGUUUUUCCUGUGGAAUUUGGUCCCAAGUAUGAAGCCGCAAUAGAGAAACUAAUGUGUCAGUUUCUUUCAAGACUUGAGAAGCUACUUCCAGUAUCAAAUUUUCAACAGGCUGCAUUCUUGCUCAGUGAUGUCCCCUCUGUUCUGGAGGAAUGUGUUGAGUCCAUGUCUCACCCUCAGCAGCUGAAAACCCUACUUCAGUACCACAGAGAUCUCGGCCAGCUGGACAACCAUGAUACUCUGUCUUCCACUGUUGGGGACUGCAUUCCCUCUGCUCUCUGUCUCCCUCCUGUAGAAAGGGUGAUUGCAACAGAACAAACAGAAUCAGAAACACCAGUAUCAUCCUUGAAUGUCUUCAUGGAUACAUAGAGAUGGACACAGAGAUGGAACC